GGUGCCUCAAGGAAUCGAACCAGACCAUUCACGUCUCAUUUUUUUUAAACAUAAGCUACCUCCAGUAUGUCGGAGAGAGGAGGGCUCCCGCGGACUGGAGGUGUUCCGUCUCCGCAGCCCUCCAAACCGGUCGCAAUCGCCUCGAAUCGACCGGUGCAUAUGAACCUGUAUGCCACCUGGGAAGUGGACCGGUCUUCACCAAGCUGCGUGCCGAGGCUUUUUAAUCUGACCCUGAAGAAGCUGGUGAUGCUGAAGGAAUUGGACAAAGACUUGACCUCGGUCGUUAUCGCUGUCAAACUCCAGGGGUCAAAACGUAUACUGCGAUCUAAUGAAAUCGCUCUGGCCUCAGCUGGUUUGACGGAGACAGAUCUGCAGCUUACCUUCUCCUUACAGUACCCACAUUUUCUGAAGAGAGACGCCAAUAAACUGCAGAUUAUGCUUCAGCGGCGGAAACGCUAUAAAAACAGGACGAUACUGGGCUAUAAAACCCUCGCGCUGGGACUCAUCAACAUGGCAGAGGUGAUGCAGCAUCCCACAGAGGGUGCCCAGGUGCUGGGUUUGCACAGUCAGUUGAAGGAGGCGUCUGUGCUUGUGGCGGAGAUCCGUGUCUACUCCCUGUCCAGCCAGCCUAUCGACCACGAAGGCCCCAAAGCCAAGAUGUCUGAUCGUUCUCCAGACAUAGAUAAUUAUUCUGAGGAAGAAGAAGAGAGCUACUCUUCAGAACAGGAAGGGAGUGACGAUCCAGUUCACGGACAGUACCUAUAUGAUGAAGAGGAUGAGGUCAGGAAGAAGAAACCUCGACACAAACACACAUCCAAUGCUUCUAUCACCCGACAACCCAACAUUAAGCAGAAGUUUGUAGCUUUGCUGAAGAGGUUUAAAGUUUCAGAAGAGGUUGGGUUUGGUCUGGAGCAUGUGUCUCGAGAGCAGAUUCAGGAGGUGGAGGAAGACCUGGAUGAGCUCUAUGACAGUUUGGAGAUGUACAACCCCAGUGACAGUGGACCAGAGAUGGAGGAGACAGACAGUAUCCUCAGUACUCCUAAACCCAAACUCAGGCCGUUCUUCGAAGGAAUGUCCCAGUCCAGCUCCCAGACGGAGAUUGGCAGUCUCAACAGCAAGGGCAGCCUUCCCAGGGACCCCUUCAGCCCAGGGGAGCAGCCGCCUUCAGACAAAAUGAAACACUCCCGUAGCCGCAACCUAGAGGAGGCGCUGUCCGAGACAGACACCCUGGAGCUGAAUGAUCAGGAGCUGGUUGCUGAGGUGGGCCCCUGCAUUACUGUGUCUGUGGCUGAGAAACCCCGUACACCGCUGAAGAACAGCAAGACUGAGACUCAAACCAUGCCCUCUCCCAGGUUGGAUGGCGGACACACUCCACGUCAGAAGCGCAGUACUCCCAUGAAGGAGCGGCAGCUCUCCAAACCCCUGAGUGAGAGAACCAACAGCUCAGACAGUGAGAGGUCCCCAGAACUGGGCCACAGCACACAGGUCCUGAGGAAGGCUGUGUAUGACCAGCUGAAUCAGAUUCUGUUGUCUGACACUGCUUUACCAGAGAGUCUCAUUCUGGUGAAUGGAACUGACUGGCAGGGCCAGUAUGUUGCAGAGCAGCUGCAGGCUCAAAAGCACCCUGUGGUGUGUACGUGUUCUGGAGCAGAAAUACAGGCUGUGCUCUCAGCUGUCCUCACACGGAUACAGAAAUUCUGUAACUGUAACUCCUCCAUGCCACGGCCAGUGAAGGUGGCAGCAGUGGGCGGGCAGAGUUACCUGGGUGCCAUUCUACAGUUCUUUGUCACUCAACUAGCCAAUAAGACGUCUGACUGGCUGAACCACAUGAGGUUCCUAGUCGUGCCAUUGGGCUCCCACCCUGUUGCUAAGCACCUGGGUGCUCUUGACAACCGAUAUAGUUCAGCUUUCCUGGAUGUCGCAUGGAGAGAGUUAUUCAGCCGUUCAGAACCUCCACAGUCAGACAUUCUGGACGUGGCUGGUCGUAUUGCACAGUAUAUCAGCGGAGCUACACUCACACACCAGCUGCCCAUCGCUGAGGCCAUGCUGACCUGCAAACACAGGACGAGGGAUGAAGAUUCCUACCAGAAGUUCAUCCCAUUCAUUGGGGUGGUGAAAGUGGGAUUGAUCGAGCCAGGCCAGUCGUCAGCAGGAGAUUUAGAAGAGGGUGUGGCUGUAAGUUUAGCUGUCCCCUCCACGUCUCCACCUUCUCACGGCUCUCCUGCCAGUCUCAAAGAGACGGCCACGCCCCCUUCCUCUCCCUCUAUGGGUGGAGUUUUGGCUGUGCAAGGGAGCCCCAGUAUGUCUCACGGAGUGGACGCGAUCGGCCUGCAGGUGGAUUACUGGCUGGCCUCUCUGGCGGAGAAGCGGCGCGAGGGCGAGAGGAGAGACACGGGCUGUAAGAACACGCUGAAGAGCGUCUUCAGGUCGCUGCAGGUCAGCCGACUGCCCGGGAUGGGCGUGGCGGACCCGCAGACGCAGGUCAACACCAUGGCCAUGACGGUGGUCACCAAAGAGAAGAACAAGAAGGUUCCCACGAUCUUCGGGAAGAAACCCAAGGAGAAGGAGGUGGACUCGAAGAGUCAGGUGAUUGAAGGCAUAAGCCGACUCAUCUGUUCCUCUAAGCAACAGCAGACAAUCCUUAAAGUGACCAUAGACGGCGUGGAGUGGAAUGACGUUAAGUUCUUCCAGUUGGCGGCUCAGUGGCCAACGCACGUCAAGUACCUCCCCGUUGGCCUGUUCGGAUACAGCAAACCACCCUCCUAGGACCACGCCCACCCACCCACCCACCCAACUC